CCCUUCGUUUUUUUUUUUUCAGAUUUUCCAAUGGGUGAUAUAGCCAAGGAUUUAACAGCUGGGACUGUAGGUGGUGUAGCACAAUUGGUCGUUGGUCACCCUUUUGAUACCAUAAAGGUCAAGCUUCAAAGCCAGCCUACUCCACUUCCUGGGCAGCUUCCAAGAUAUUCUGGUGCUAUAGAUGCUGUCCGGCAAACAGUAGCUGCGGAAGGUGCCGGGGGGCUGUUCAAAGGCAUGGGAGCCCCACUUGCCACUGUGGCAGCCUUUAAUGCUGUGCUCUUCACCGUGAGAGGUCAAACAGAGGCAUUCUUGAGGUCUGAACCUGGAGUCCCUCUUACUGUGAACCAGCAAAUCGUUUGCGGGGCUGUUGCUGGAACUGCUGUGUCUUUUCUUGCUUGCCCAACUGAGCUUAUAAAAUGCAGAUUGCAAGCUCAGGGUGCAUUGGCAAGUAUAGGCUCAGCUGCUGUGGCAGUGAAAUAUGCAGGGCCAAUGGAUGUAGCAAGACAUGUUCUUCAAUCCGAAGGAGGCGUGAGGGGUCUCUUCAAGGGCUUGUUUCCCACCAUGGCACGUGAAAUACCCGGAAAUGCUGCUAUGUUUGGCAUGUAUGAAGCACUAAAGCAGUACUUUGCAGGAGGCACAGACACUUCAGGGUUGGGAAGAGGUUCUCUUAUUGUAGCAGGUGGCCUGGCUGGUGGUUCCUUCUGGAUCUCCGUGUAUCCAACAGAUGUCAUCAAGAGUGUAAUCCAGAUCGAUGACUAUAAAAACCCAAAAUUCUCUGGCUUUUUUGAUGCUUUCAAAAAAAUCUUGGCAUCGGAGGGAAUCAAAGGCCUUUACAAGGGCUUUGGACCUGCUAUGGGACGUAGUGUCCCUGCAAAUGCUGCAUGUUUCUUGGCGUAUGAGAUGGCUAAGUCUAGUUUGGGAUAAUUCAUUGUUGAUGGGGAAGGAUUUUAGACAUUGUUAUUGAUAAUUCUUUGAACCUAACAUCUGCUGAAAUUCUGUAAUUCCAGUUCAACUUCCAGCUGA